AAAAAAAAAAAACAACUUCUCUUUCAAUCCCCAAGGAUCAGAAGUUGUUCUCAAGCAAGCAACAGACUGCCUGCUUCUCUCCCUUUUAAUAUAUCUGUCGCCCAUCUUUCACCGACCACCGCCAUUAUUGCUCCUCCGCAAUUUCUUCUUCACUUUCCGCCAUCAUCGCUGUAUUGAUCUCCAUCUUUUGUUCUUUGCUGCGGUGUUUCAUCACCCAAAUUCAUUUCCAUCAUUGCUUCUAUUAACUUUACGUCUCUGAUUUAUUUGUUCGGAUCUUCUUAAAGCGGGCAAUGAUAUAUCUGUUGAUGCCAUGUUCCAGAAAUGUUAACUCUUCGAGGUAAGCAAGAAAAAUGGGGAACUUUUGUCCUUCAUUUAUGGAUGAAUAAUUGGAGUGUUUUUAGGGGUUAUUUUAAAAACAAAGGGAGUUUCCUUGCAUCCGAAGCAUAUGUAUCCACAUUAUUUUCUUUUCAAUUCAGGGGUUUUACUCCACAUAGACUAAAAGAAAGAAAUGAUUUCAAAAGUCUGAAUAAGGCACUGAGAAUUGUAAAUCUUGUGUCACCAAAAUUAACUAUUGGUAACAACUCAAAUCGCCAUAUUCAACUUAUUCAGGACUUACAACAAACUCAUUCUAAGAAUCUUCACAGAGAAAGAUCAUCUGAUCAUUUCUAUAUCCCAAAUUCAGGAAACCAAAAUUCAUCUGAACAAAAGUUUCCUUUUUCUUUCAAAUAUGAUGGACUUUCUGAGGUUUUUGAAUUGCAUAGAAAAGGGUUGAGAAUUGAUGUUGUAGUGCUCUCAUACGCACUAAGUGUUUGUGGUUAUCGACAGAACCUCCGGUAUGGAACUCAACUACAGUGCUUAGCUGUCAAGAAUAGGUCAUGUGUGAAUGUUUAUGUUGGAAGUUCUUUGAUUACCAUGUACACAAGGUAUGGGGAUUUAUGCUCCGCUUGUAUGGUGUUUGAGGAGAUGCCUGUGAGAAAUGUUGUAUCUUGGACUGCUCUUAUUUCUGGAUUUGCAGAGAAAUACCAAGUUGAUGUCUGCGUGGAGCUUUAUAACAAGAUGAGACAUUCAACUGUUAGACCUAAUGAUUUUACAUUAACAAGUCUCUUGAGUGCGCUUGUUAGUAAUGGUUCUCUUGGACAAGGAAAAGCCGUCCAUUGUGUGGCUAUUGUAUGUGGUUUUGAUUCAUAUGUCCAUGUUGCUAAUGCUCUUAUUUCAAUGUAUUGCAAAUGUGGUGAUCUUGUAGAUGCAUUUUGUGUGUUUGAAGUGAUGCAUCAUAAAGAUCUUGUUUCAUGGAAUUCCAUGAUUUCUGGAUAUGCAUUGCAUGGACUAGCUUGGAAAGCAAUUGAUCUCUUUGAGGAGAUGAGCCUGCAGAAAAUAAAGCCCGACAGUAUCACAUUCCUAGGUGUACUCUCAUCAUGUCGUCAUGCCGGGCUUGUUGAACAAGGUCAUAUGUAUUUUAAAUCUAUGGCAGAGUAUGGUGUUGAGCCCGAGUUGGGUCAUUACUCUUGCAUUAUUGAUCUUCUUGGUCGAGCUGGCUUGGUUGAGGAGGGAAGAAAUUUUAUUUUACGCAUGCCAAUACAGCCGAAUGCCAUAAUAUGGGGCUCACUUCUUUCCUCUUGUAGACUUCAUAAUAAUAUUUGGAUCGGAAUAGAGGCUGCUGAAAACAGGCUUGCAUUGGAACCUUCAUGUGCUGCCACCCACUUGCAGCUUGCAAAGUUGUAUGCGAGAGUGGGUAUGUGGGAUCAAGUAGCAAAAUCAUGGAAAAUGAUGAAGGACACAUCAUUUAGAACAAAUCCUGGAUGUAGCUGGAUUGAGAUAGGAAAUGAAGUCAUAAGCUUUCAAGCAGAUGAUGCGACCAACUCCAGAAUGAAUGAGGUUCUCUAUAUGUUGGAGGGUUUAAAUGGGCAGAUGACAUCUGAUCAAGAGACUGAAUCUUGUGAAAAUUUUGAUUCUUAUUCUUGUUCUUAGCUUCCCGAUAAUUUGAUUAAACAAUGCUGAAGCACCAAUUUCUAAAUUUGUAUGCAAACAUCUUCUAAUUGGUUCUGUGAGUGCGCUUGCUGUAUUUUACCUACCUGUAUCAAGCAUCAAUCAUGUGGAAGUUUAAGCCCUUUGUGCAAAAGGAACACACAGGACUUGAGGGCCGCUACAUCGAUAUUGGUGACAUUAAAGUGCAUGUCAAGAAUGCCAUUGCCGAGGGAGGAUUCUCUUGUGUUUACUUAGCUAAAGAUGCAUUGAAUGCAUCAAAGCAGUAUGCUUUAAAGCAUAUGAUUUGCAAUGACCAGGAAUCAUUGGAUCUGGUAAUGAAGGAGAUCCAAGUGUUUAAAUCUCUCAAAGGACAUCCUAAUAUAGUUACCCUUGAGUCUCAUACUAUUUUGGACAUGGGUAGGACAAAAGAAGCACUUCUACUGAUGGAAUAUUGUGAGAAUUCUCUGGUAAAUGUUUUGGAAAGUAGAGGAGCUGGUUUCUUUGAUGAUAAACAAGUGCUGACAAUUUUUAGAGAUGUUUGUAAUGCGGUCUUUGCAAUGCAUUGCCAUUCUCCACCGAUUGCCCACCGCGACUUAAAAGCAGAGAAUCUUUUGCAGGGCUCAAAUGGGUCAUGGAAAUUGUGCGACUUUGGAAGCACUUCUACCAAUCACAAACGUUUUGAGAAGCCUGAAGAAAUGGGCAUUGAAGAAGACAUCAUCAGGAAGCACACUACACCUGCUUAUAGAGCACCUGAGAUGUGGGAUCUGUUCCGAAGAGAUCUUAUAAGUGAAAAGGUGGACAUUUGGGCUCUUGGUUGUUUGCUGUACCGUAUUUGCUAUCUCAAACCUGCAUUUGAUGGUGAGUCAAAGCUACAGAUUCUGAAUGGAAAUUAUCGCAUCCCAGAUUUACCAAAAUACAGUUCGCAUAUUGUUGAUUUAAUUCGAGAUAUGCUUCACUCCUCUCCAGAUUGUAGACCAGACAUUACACAGGUCUGGUUUCGGGUCAAUGACCAACUGCCAGUUGGAUCUCAGAAGUCAUUAACUGAUCGGCCACCCAAUAUGCGUCAUACAGCUUCAGACUUGACUGAAGGAAUCUCCAAGACGUCUAGAGCUUCAAAUCCCAUACCUCGUAGAAACCCGCUGCUUGUGCCAUCAUUAAGUGAAACAUCUCAUUUGACCAAUUCAAAUCCUUCUGGGGAUGGUUUUAGAGGGGCUGCACCACUUGGUGCUUUUUGGUCAACUGAGCAUGCUAAGGACACUCUUGCCCCACAGGAAAGAGGUGCAUCAAUAUUUGACGAUGAAUCUCCAGUCUUGAAAAAGGAUAGGAGUCGAGUAGAGAAACAUAAUUCGCCUGGAACUGGUCCUUCUGGGAGGGAAAACAGUCAGGCUAACCCAAUGAAAUCUAAUACUGCAACUUUUGGAAACGAGACCUUGAACACCUUUGUUGCUGAGUUCGAUACAGCUGAAUUCAACCCAACUGCUACCAGCAGUUGCAUGAAAUCAGAGGUGAGCUCCUUGGAGGCUGAGAUAGAUAGACUACGGGAGCAAUUGAAGCAAACUACUGCAGAUAAAGCAGAUAUGACUUCAAAAUAUGAAAAGCUUGCUGCAAUUUGUAGAUCACAACGUCAAGAAUUACAGGAGCUAAAGCAGGCUUUGUCGGCCAAAACUCCAUCACCGAAAAAGGAGUCUGUGAGGAGUGAGUCAUCCUCUAUUAAUCAAGCUGCCACUUCUCAGGGAGCAAAACACGAAGGAACAGUGUGGGAGCUCCAACAAGGUGUGUUCGACAAAAAUCCCACAAGUUCUGGACUGAAGCCUUGGCAAGCUUUUGCGAAUGUUACCAACACACAAACAUCUAUAGUUGACCCUCCGAAGUCUGUAAGGACUAGAAAUGGUCACUCGAAGAAGCAAGAUGUUUCAGCUGGAUUAACCAAAGAUGCAUGGGGCUUUGGUAAUGAUAACUUCACCGCAGCUCCUGCUGCUAGCUCUCAUAUCUCUAAACCUAGUGAAGGCAGUACUUCCCAACGGUUUGGGGAUUCAAAUAAGUUUUCAAGCAAGACUACGACUUCUCAACCAGCUGGGUGGGCUGGUUUCUAAAUGAUUUUGGAAGGAAAUGUAGUUAUUUUGUUGUAAUUCUUCUACUUUUGUUCAUAUAAUAUUAAAUGAUGAAACAUCUUGAUUCAUUAUUGUAUGUAGAGAAUGUCCGGAGUCAAGCAAUGUUUCAUUGUUUGGCUAGUGACCAACUUAAACUCAGUUAUAAUCUAGAGUAUAUAAUCACUUAUUCAGUAACCGGUUACCCUUAUUUGUCA